GCAAUACAUUUUAAACUAUCGAAUUAUGUCAGUAAAGAGCGAGCAACUGAAUAUUUUUCAUGAUUUGUGUAAAAUGAAAUUUGGAAUGUAUUAGCCGCAGCUGUAAGAGUAGCCGUCUCAGAAUCAGGUGAAGCUGGCCAGAGAGCUUAUUCAUAACCCAAAGUGUUCUGUGUAACGGCAUCGUUAGUAAGGUUGCUGCCAAAAAAUGACGCUCAUGCGUUUCUGCCUCCUGUUGCCAAAACUGCGAACUGUGAAGUGCACACGACUUUCGACCCUCAGGUUUUCACCAAACUUAACAACAGGCUGUCUUGCAUUCUUUAGCUCAGCAUGGCUAUCAACAACUACACAUCAGAAAGAGAAGAGAAACAUUAUUCUCAUGGGUCCACCAGGGGCAGGGAAAACCUCUGUGGGCCAAGUGGUGGCCUAUAGGCUGGGAAUGCCAAUCAUUGACAUAGAUGAUGAUGUACUGGAAAAGACAUGGGGGGUGACUGUAGCAGAUAAGCUAUCUGAAGUUGGUGGAGAACAGUUCAUUGAUGUGGAGGGUGAAGCAGUGUGCAAUUUUUCUGCAUCUGGUAGCGUCAUCUCUCUGACUGGUUCCAACCCACUGCACUCUGGCUCGAUGCAGCACCUGAAAAAGGGUGGACUUGUUGUGUAUCUGGAUGUGGACACCAAUGACAUCAUACAAAGGCUCUCCAGGAUGAAAGUGAAUAGGAUAGUUGGUCAGGAUGCUGGCAUUUCCAUGAGAGAGAUAUUGCUGUACAGGAAGCAGUUUUAUGAGAAGUGGUUUGACCUAAGGGUGCUUUGUGGCAGUGGGGAUACUGUAGAAGAGGUGGCAGAUAAGGUCCUCCAUGUUUUGGAUAGAUAUCAGAACUCAGAAUCAGAGACAUACAUCUCAACCAGGAGAAAGCCACUAAGUGAAAACACAUCAGCAAGCAACUCAAAGUAUUUUAGCGAUGUCGUUGUGGAAGGCUUGGCUCCAGAUGGAGGGCUUUACGUUCCUAAGAAUGGUUUUCCAAAAUUGGAACCACGUGAGUGGCUGAGAAUAGCAAGCAGGUCAUACCCUGCGAGGGCGUUAGCCAUACUGGAAAAAUGUAUACAUCCAAUGGAUGUGUCCCCCUCAGAACUUCGUACAAUGGUGCACCGUGCCUAUGGAGAGAACUUUGCUUGUGAUUCAAUAGCACCAGUUAAACAUCUAAUUCACAAUCAGUAUGUUCUUGAACUUUUUCAUGGUCCCACUGCCUCAUUUAAAGAUCUUGCCCUACAGUUAAUGCCACAGCUCUUUGCCCAUUGCUUGCCAAGGAUGUGUAACUAUCUAAUCCUGGUGGCCACAUCUGGUGACACUGGCAGUGCUGUGCUGAGUGGCUUUAGUCGUCUCAACGACUGCGACAGGCAGAGGAUUGGCGUGUUGGUGUUUUUCCCGGAGGACGGGGUGAGUGAGAUCCAGAAGUUGCAGAUGACUGGGUUCAGAGAGGGCAAUGUCAGGUCUGUCAGUGUUCUGUCUGAUUUUGAUUUCUGCCAGAGAACUAUUAAGAGGAUGUUUGCUGAUUCAAGCCUGACGGGUCACUUAGCAGUGGAAUAUGCCACUGUUUUAAGCACAGCCAAUUCAAUAAACUGGGCACGGCUGCUGCCACAAGUUGUCUACCAUUCAUCAGCAUACCUGGAUCUGGUUAGAGAUGGUGUUGUGACAUUUGGAGAUCCUGUUGAUGUGUGUAUUCCCACUGGGAACUUUGGUAAUGCUAUGUCGGCACUGUACGCGAAACAAAUGGGUAUUCCCAUAAGGAAAGUCAUCUGUGCAUCUAAUCACAACUGUGUCGUCGCUGACUUCAUCAACACAGGACAGUAUGAUCUGCGUGGCAGGAAACUCGUAGUUUCAAACUCUCCAGCUAUUGAUAUCCUUAAGUCCUCCAACCUUGAAAGGUUUAUCUAUCAUACUUCUGACGGUGAUAGUAACCUUGUCAGAGACCUUUUCUUAAGCCUAGAGAAGGACCAGUUCUUUAAAGUAUCGUUGGACUUACUUCAGAGGAUAAAUCAAGAUGUGUCGGCUGGAUGGUGCUCUGAGGAAGAUUGUUUGGCUGCCAUUCAGGGAGUGUAUGGGAGCACAGGCUAUUUAAUGGACACACACACAGCCGUGGCCAAAGUUAUAGCAGAUCGCCUACAGGACAAGACAUGCCCUGUGGUGGUAUGCUCUACUGCACACCAUGGAAAGUUUGCGCCAGCAGUUCUAAAGGCAUUGCAAUGUCAGAACAUCCCGUCAGAACCUUUGGAACAGCUGAAGCAGCUAGGCACAGUGGCGGAUAAAUCACAGACGCACGCAGACUUGUUUGAGUGUUUGAGAGAGAGAAGAAAACACAAACACACUGUUUGCCAAGCUGAUUUCAGUGUCUUGGCUGAAGAAGUAGAGACCAUGAUUCAGGACUCAUUUUUGAAAGUUUAUUAGUGGUCCAGUUUAUAAAAAUUACAAAGCAGUUUUACAGCAAAAUCUUUCAACAGCUACAGAAAAUAGGACCAGCUAUCCUGUAGAUAACCACUAGAUGGCAGUGUGCACCAUACUAUAAUAAGGACAUUUUCUGUCCUUGUACAGUUGGUGAGAGGAGCCACUAUGUUUGGAACCAUCCCAAAUAGACUGGUCGAUAUUUGACCAGUUCCAGGAGAAAUUAAGCAUGAAAUUGUACUUUGCUCUUCCUCUGUAAUUCCUUGAUAAUCCAAAAGUACUUAAUAAAUGCCCUUGUCCCCUUACUGCUAAUCUGAAAAAGCUGGCUAACUGAAACCAGUGUGGUUAUCACUGAGGAUUCUCAUUCCUCUAAUAUUAGUCAUAGUUUCUGUAUCUCAUUUUAUUCAAGGGUUCACUUUUAUCCACUCAUUGGCCAAUUCCUCGCCUGUCAAAACUUCACGGCUUGCUAAGCUUCCUGCUUAACCUCCAAGUAUCUUUUAUGGGAUAACUUCACAUGAAUUCAGAGUAAAAAUCUUCA